GUCUCGCAUACCGAUAUGUGCUGGCGCUCCGACCGACCCGACGAUGCUCGCCUCGCUCGUCAAGUUCCGUUGCUUUGGUACGUUCCAUUCAUCACCGUCAUUCUGUUGGUCGCCUAUCGUCGAGGCGGACGUCUGCUCUGCUUGAAACAGUUUUUGUUCGAAGCGCCGCGCGAUUCCUGUAGCUAUUGUUUCGGAAAGAGCCCCCCUAAGUUAAAGGGAACUACUAAUCGGAUCGGAACGGUUGAUUGCGUUUGGGAGGAUCCCUAUGGACAGCAGUUAUCGCGUUCGGAGGAAUCGAAUCGUGAAAACGGUUUGUUGAAUGAACGAGUGCUUCUCACGAUUAAUGAAAAGGAUCUAACGGUAAAUUGGCGUUUCCUGUGAGUGGCGACAACGAACGGUACCGCACAGCUGUUUGGUGGUGUGAGAGUGUGUGUGCGAGUGACUAAUAAGAGGGAAGUGCUAUUGUUUUUGCUUCGUUGCGAGCGACGACGUCGAACUAAAUGCGGUGGGAUUAGUUUCGACUAAUGAGACAAAGUGGAGUUCGGUAAGGAGGAUUAAGUGCCGGAAGAGAGUUGUUUAAGUGGAUUACCGCAGGAAGAGAACCAGUGGGUGAAAGUACUAAUUGCGGUAUUUGUGGUCCUGCGGAGAAGGAAGGGCUUUUACCGCAUCAGUGAUAGUGGUGAGCUGCUGUAGUAGUGGGAGGUGUUGGAUCAGCUAUAGCCAACGUGGGAGUUGGGAGCACGCUUCGGAUGAUCCCGGUUGUCGGAACCACAAAAUGACAAUGUCGCAGCUUUUGAAGCAGACGAAGAAGUGUUGCGUGAAGAUAAUCAGAAAAUUCUCCUUCCACCCGAAUGGGUCGCCCUCGCCAACGUCCGCUGUCGGCAACACCAGAGCGGGCACCGGCGGUCUGGGUGGUGGUGCCACCGCCAUGACCGGCCGUUCCAUCUCCCUGAACAACCGGGCCACGGCCAAGUACGUACUGCACAAGAACUGCACGCCCACGCGGUGCAAGGUGCAACCGACCACGCCGGAGCACAGCAGCAGCAGUUGGCUGUCCCCGGAGGAAUCGCCGGCCGUGCGGCGCCGGUUGGACUUCGACCCGAAGCCGGACGUUCCGGAAAUUCCGGCCACGCAGAACAACUACCGGGUGAGUCGCGACGGCAAGAACGCCCAGAUGCAGAAAAAACGCACCAACAUCAGCAACAACAAGAACGUGAAUCUGCGGAAGUGCUUCCGGAUGCGGAAGGGGUUCAAGGAGGAACUGGUGGACGAGGAGGAGGUGAACAACAGCAGUAGCGCGGGUGUGGGUAAGUUGGACAAGAUUAGCAAAACGUUGUACCACGUGGCCGGGGGAGAUAGGAGAGACGGCGAGGGAUACGGCGAGAGCAAAAUCCAUGUGAAUAAUCUGGCGUCGCAAGCGAGCGAGAAAAGCAAAAUUAGCAAACCUUUGUUUCUGAGUGGGAAGCAUAAAAAGUACAAUCAAAUUGAGACGCAAUUCGGGAUGGAAGAUGGGGUGGAUUACGAUGAUGAUACCGACGAAGAUGAGAUCGUAGCAUGUGAAGUGGAUGCCAUCCGAGGGGCCGGUUCUUAUGAUGGAGGAAGGCUACAGUUUGAGCUGUUCCAACCGCUUCCGGAGAUUGCCGAACGGUCUCCGCCUUCAAAUAGGCGUGGGGUUGGAAACUGUGAGGAAAUUGUAUUCGAAAAGGUAAAAUUCGACCGGAACAAGCGAUACCUUCGAAAUGCAACCAGCUCUCCGUCCACGGCUAGUAACCGAUCGCAAAACGGAUCCGCCCUAGCCCAAUCCGCCGAUAGCAUCCUAUCCAUAAGCUUCGAUUGCAAACAGGACCACCCACUGUCCCAGUUUGCGGAAGCGACCAGCAAGAGCGAUGACUUCGUGGAUCCCUGGCGCAACUACAACCUCAACAGCCGGUGGAACAAAGUGACCAAAAAUCCCUGGGAACUCGAAGCCAGCAAGGCCAGCGAAUCCCCACUCGCUUCCCCGCAACAUCGAUCUUCCUGGAACCCGUUCGUAGACAGCUCGCCGGCAUCCGACUCUCCGGUCCACCCUGCGGCAUCAUCCAAGCAAACAUAUCCGCCCCCGUACCAGGUGCGCACCGACAUCUGGCAAAAUCUGAACAACAAAAGCUACGAAAUCGACUCGGACGUGAUCUGGCGGACGUCGAACUCUUCGCGACGCACUUCGGCCAGCACCGUCGAGACGUGGAUCGAGGACGAGGUGUUCGACAACUCGUUCAACGAGGAACUGGAACGGCGCUGUGCCACCCUGAAGAUCUAGGAAGGCGGCGGUGCAAUACAGAACAGCUGCAACACUUGUGUGUCUUUUUCGUUGGUUCGAAAAAUUACAGCAGAAGUAGGCGCUGACUCGGAACGCGAGAGGAAAAUCUAGUUCUUAAUAUAUAAUGACAGUGAAAAUCAAGCAUGUGAUAUUAACUAAUUUAUACAAAAGGCGAAAGCAGAAAGCAAACAAUUCUAAGUCUAGUUUUUACGUUUUUUUUAUUCUUAGUUUUUAACUUAAUCAUGCAAGGAAUUGACAGUGCUUUGUGUUUGCCGUUUUGCUUUGUGAUUUUAUUUUCUGUUGAUUGAACUAAUGAUCUCAUUUAGACAUUGUGACUGUGUGUACUCGAUAGGAGAUAAUUUUAUAAACUAACAGAGAUAUGCUUUAAUAUAAUUACAUACACUGAUUGAAAACCUAGCCUAUCUUCUCUCAUCAUUGUUUUACCUCAGACACGGCGUACCUUGAAAAGAAAAAAAAUCGAUAAUAAUUCCUAAAAAAAACAACACACGAGUGGUCUUGGGAUUGUGCGAGCUUCUAACGGUGGGAAAAAAUUAACACAAAUACAUAAACACACUAAUCAAUCAAUUUUUCUAUUCCCUUAAUUUGAUAAUGGCCCCCCUCCUAUAAAGAGAAAGAGGGGGGAAAAUCCGCUAAUUAGCGCGCCGCCGGUAGGUGCCUAGAGAGUCCAUCCCGUAGAGAAAAUUAUGCCGCCACUCAGAUGGUAGGACGAUGUAAAGGUGCAAGAUAGCAAAUCAUUUGGUUAAUAAAGCAAAAAAUGUGCAAAGUGGAAUUUACGCGA